CCUCAGUGCUUUUUUGCUUGAUAGGUUCUCCUGUAGUCGGACUGCACAGAGGCAGUCGCGAGCACCAGUGAAGCACGAGACUGCGCUGCGCUGGUUUCUUUGGCAGACGUGUCUUAGUCAUUUAUUCGAAAAUGCCUAGCGACAAGAAUGGGUCAGCGGAGCGACAAGAGAAGCUGUCGCGCAGUCCCGAGAAGGAGAGUUGUGCUUCUCGCAGGGCAGCCGACAGUCGCAACGAUAAUAGCAAGUAUGGGCGGAUGCGUGGAGCAGCAUCAGACCUUUUGCUUCUUCGUGAUCCCAACAGUGGCGCACCAGUCGCAGCCGCAGGCGCCACAGAUGUAAGUGCGGACGUAGCCUUUGGUCCCCGGAUCCAGCUGCAGACGGACGGCUCGGUAGUGUUAUUUUUUCCAAAGCAAUACGCAUCUCUCUAUACUUGACUGCUUCGAAGUUCUUUGGUCAGUAGGGUUCGCGAUUUUCUGUAUGCGGCGACACUGUCAUGAUCUUACUUGAAUUCGUACCGGAGUAGUCUACUCAUUGACGAACCAGAUUCGAUUUCUAACUUCAUAAAAUAACAUGUCGGGCCAAGAGGUGCGGCCCGAUUUGGAAACCCUUCGUCCUCUAAUCUCUCUGUAGGUCCUUAACCCUGCGGGCCCGAGUUUCAAGCCUAGUCGCGAACUCAGUUCGAGCCAAGAGGAGGUGACAGGGAAUUUUUUGAAGAACGAUGUCCCCGAACCUUCUUCGAGUGUGCUGGUCUCUGCGCUGCCGGAGCAGGAUUCUGACACUCUGGAGGUAUUACAAACUCCCGCAUGUCGUCCUCUGCUCGGCUCAAUAUUUCAAAAAUAUCUUGAGCCAUAUCUCAGAGAUGUCUCAAGAAAAACUUCGCGGGAAGAUUUUAAAAAGGUCUUGCCUUUUUCAUGAAUUGAUUGAAAUAGACAAUAGAUAGCGCUUUUUUCAUCACUUGAAAGCACAAGAUAGACCGUCUCAUAGCUUGCAAUAAGAAUAGAUCACGCCACCUCUUUCAUGGAUUGAGAUAGAAAAUAGGUCGUGACUCUUUCACAAAAUAGAUCGCAGCUUUUUCAUAAAUUGAAAUACAGACUAGCUAGCCCCCUUUUCGUCACAGAGUAGGAAAGUUUUAAAAUCAGUCGGGCAUGCCUUUUUCUUACCAUGGGCUUGCGGCUAGUUUAUGCUUUCUACGUCUUCACACGUGAGCAGCUCUACCUUUCCCUUGCUGAGGAUAUAGUUAGAUUAUAGGCUGCGGGUGUGGUUCUGUCUUAUGGUUCUUGUUUUUUAUUUUGAUUGGGAAAAGUAGCCAGGAAACCAUCUCGGACUAUCGGGAGAAAGUAGUAGAUGGACGUAGUUUGUUUCUGUCCUCCUCUUCUCAGCCUCCUGCUCCUCCUCGACGACGCAGCCGCCCCCAUCGCUUCAGCGAGGGCGACGCGAUCAUCCUCGAAUCGAUGAUCGACAUUCGAGUCCGGGAUCCACCAGAGCUGGCGCAUAAACAAGAACAUCCUGACUGGCUCGCAGUGAUACUAGAAAAGGAGGCAGUUCUGGACGUGAGCUGCGAGGUGAACAGGAUGAGGCAGAAGGAGCGACGGGAAAUCGAGCGGCUGAAGCGCUAUAUGGACAAGACCAACGACGAGAAAGACCCCCUCAUACAGGGAAGCGCUAGCGACGAGGAGCUGCUGAUGCCGCGCAAGUACACAUCUCACUACGUGAAGCCGUCUGGAAAGCGCCAGCAGCGCUCUUCGGUGGAUUCGGAGGCCGAAGUGUCUGACUUUGACUCCAGCGAAGUUCAGACUCAGACCCGCGUGAAGGAGACCGUGCCGACGAAGCGCGUCAAGACUAGCAGCAGCCUAGAAAUGGGCAGAGAUACCUCAGGCGAUGCCUGA